AUGGGCUCAGCAUCGUCAAAGCCGGCCAGAUCGGCAGCAAACGCAGUCUCCCGACGCCAGUAUCCCAAGCAACCAACCGCCCCUCCGACAGCCGCUCCGAGCGCAGCAGCAAAAGCAGCGCAACCACAAACCAGACCACAAGCUCCUCCUCAUCUUGAGAGGGAGCCUGAACCAAGUCAAGGUCCUAUAUAUCAUCCAAAGGAGCGGCCAGCUGGCGUGAAGUCAAGCGCAAUCGACCUCGACGGCCGCGACCCCGACUUCGCCGCCUCCCUCCGCCACAUCGGCCCCGUAAACCCAGCGCCCACAUUCUCCCCUUCUAGCACCUUCCAACCACGCCCCGGCACACAACCCACCCAAACCAUCUUCCCCCAAGCAUCCUCCAACUCAGCGCUCCUCGUAUUCAACGCUCGCCAGCAAAUUGCCAGAGCUGCAGAGAAAGAAGCGGAGCAGGUCGGAAAGCCGAGUUUCGCGGGAAGGCAGUUUUUGGAUGCGUUGACGAUUAGGCAGGCGAUUUCGAUGCGGGAUAGGCAGGGUUUGGGGGCGGAGGAGAUUGAGGCGAUAUUGAGGUUGAGGAACGGUGUUGUGGAGAGGUUAGGGAGGAAGGGGAUUAUUGGGGAGAUUCAGUGA